UCAUAUAAAGAUGUCAUAAGUAACCUGCCUGUGAACUGACUACAAUCAACCACGCUUACCAAACAUUGGUCCGUCAGACUGAUUCGCACUCAGGAUUUGUUCCGCCUGCAUAAAAUUCUCCACCAGCGGAUUACUCGUCUUGAAAAUAGUUUUUAAGACAGUUUUUAAGACAAGUUUUACUGUUGGACGCUUGCGUGGUGUCUCCCACCAGGUGAAACUAGACGUCCCGAUGCUCUCCUCGGGCAGGACCGCUUCGUCCCGCCUCUGCUGGCCGCUUCAGAGGCUCCGUCCCCGGCUGAGCUGCGAGCAGAUUGCCGCCGCCAGCACUCAACGGAAUGAACUGAUCAAGAAACGAGACCUGGUCGAAGAUGAGCUGCGGCCCCUCUACAUGGACUUGCAGGCCACCACGCCCAUGGAUCCUCGCGUUCUGGACGCCAUGUUGCCCUACCAGGUGAAUUUUUACGGCAACCCGCACUCUAGGACGCACGCCUACGGCUGGGAGAGCGAGAGCGCCAUGGAGACUGCAAGGAAGCAGGUGGCCGAUCUGAUCGGCGCCGAUCCCCGAGAGAUCAUCUUCACCAGCGGAGCCACCGAGUCCAACAACAUGGCCGUCAAGGGCGUCGCGCGCUUCUACAAGGGGAAGAAGCGCCACGUGAUCACCAUGCAGACGGAGCACAAGUGCGUUCUGGACUCGUGUCGCGUUCUGGAGGCGGAGGGAUUCCGCGUCACCUACCUGCCCGUGCAAAACAACGGACUGCUCGACCUCCAGCUGCUUGAGGCGUCCAUUACUCCCGACACGUCUCUGGUGUCCAUCAUGACGGUAAACAACGAGAUCGGAGUGAUGCAGCCCAUCAAGGAGAUCGGCCGUCUUUGCCGCUCUAAGGGCGUUUUCUUCCACACGGACGCCGCGCAGGCCGCCGGGAAAGUUCCGCUCGACGUGUCUGAUGACAACAUCAACCUCAUGUCCAUCAGCGCCCACAAGAUCUACGGACCUAAAGGCAUGGGCGCGCUGUACGUGCAGCGGCGCCCUCGGGUGCGACUGGAGCCCCUGCAGAACGGCGGCGGCCAGGAGAGGGGUCUGCGCUCGGGCACCGUGCCCACACCGCUGGCCGUGGGCCUGGGGGCCGCCUGCAGCAUCGCGCAGCAGGAGAUGGAGUACGACCACCAAAGAAUUAGCAUGCUGGCAAACCGUCUGGUCCAGAAGAUCACAUCUCAAAUUCCCGACGUGAUCUUGAAUGGAGAUCCGCAGCAACGCUACCCUGGGUGCAUUAACUUGUCGUUUGCCUACGUGGAGGGCGAAAGUCUGCUGAUGGCUCUCAAGGACAUCGCGCUGUCCUCUGGAAGUGCGUGUACGUCAGCCUCACUGGAGCCAUCGUACGUCCUCCGAGCCAUCGGAGCCGAUGAAGAUCUCGCACACUCCUCCAUCAGGUUUGGGAUUGGCCGCUUCACCACAGAGAAGGAGGUGGACUUCACGGCCGAGAAAUGCGUCCAGCAGGUUCAAAAACUGCGAGAGAUGAGUCCUUUGUGGGAGAUGGUGCAGGAAGGCGUCGACCUGAAGAGCAUCAAGUGGACGCAGCACUAGAGUCCGCACCCGAUACAGCUUCACUUCCUGGUUGACAAACCAUCCGUUGGCUUGAUUAUCUUUUCCCCAUCUCUAUUACUGCACUCUAAACACGCACAAAUGUCCUUUGACAGCCCAGAGUGUCCUGUUCGCUGCAGCCCUCCUGUCACACAUAAAGCAGUCAAACCCAACUUCUGCUUUUUGCAUUUAUCGCAAUUAGGUUCACAAGCUUAACUACCAAAAUACUUUUGUUUUUAUAUUAGCUGGAAGAGCUACCAGUGCUAAGGACAACUAUAAAAAAAAAAAAAAGAUGUAUUAUUUUGUGUGACUGCAUGUUUUGGUUCAGUGGUGUCCAUGUCUUGUCUCUCAUCUUCACCUCAGUACGUCGGUACAGUAUGUCAUGUCAGUGUAUUAGCGUUUUCGUUAGCACAGCUCACAGAUAUUUACAAUACUAUUCAAUAAAGAAUAUUCAUCUUUUUUU